CUCAGCGGCUUCCCAGCCCGAAGCGCUCGGCGCUGCGCUGGUUCCGCUGCGCGUACCGAAGCGGUUGGAUCUAUCAGGCAAGGAGCGGAGGGUUUCGCGUUGCUGUCAUUUUGCUCCGCGGCUGAUGUCAGGGCUGUAGUCGAGAGAUCGCCUUCGCAGGGCAGCUGCACCUGGAGGUCCUUCGUGACGGCGCGGCUGUUUGGUGGUUGCGCCGAGGAGAGAUGGGGCGCGCCGCGGAUCUGGGGCUGAUCCUCUUGCUCUGGGUUGCUUCGGAGCCCCGGCUGGUCGAUUCAGACUCACCGGUUUCACUGGAUCCACCAUCCCUUAGUAUCCAAAAAUCAAUUAUUACUGUAACUGCGAACGAUACACUACAAAUAAGUUGCAGUGGUGAAAGAGCUUUGGAAUGGCUUUGGCCAAACAACCAGACAAGUUCUGAAAACCGUAUAGCUGUGACUGACUGUACAGACAACGCCUACUGUAAGAUGCUGACGCUUACAAAGGUCAUAGGCAACGACACAGGGGCCUACAAGUGCUUUUACCAAGACAACAGUACAAUGUCAAGUAUUUAUGUUUAUGUGCAAGACUUUACAGACCUUCCAGACUACAGGUCUCCGUUUGUGACAUCUGUUAGUGAUCAGAUUGGUGUUAUAUAUAUUACGAGGAACAAAACAGUGGUGAUACCAUGCCUUGGGUCUACAUCAAACCUAAAUGUGUCACUCUACGCGAAGUAUCCAGACAAAAUAUUUGUUCCUGAUGGUAAAUCCAUUACAUGGGAUAGUCAAAAAGGUUUCACUAUACCCACCAUCUUGAUCAGUGACGUGGGCAUGGUCUUCUGCAAAGCUAAGAUAGAUGGUGAAAACUAUCAAUCUGUGAUGUACAUUGUGGUGGUUGUAGGAUAUAAAAUUCAUGACCUUACUAUGCAUCCUCCUCAUCAAGUGGAACUGGCAGUGGGAGAGAAGUUAUCUAUAAACUGUACUGCAAGGACUGAGCUGAAUGUGGGGAUAGUCUUUGAAUGGGACUACCCAGCAAACAGAGCCCCUGCAAACAAGAAAAGGCAUGUUACCAUAAGGGAUGGAAAGACCCUGUUGGGUGAUGAAGUGAAGAAGUUUGUAAGCACUCUCAUCAUAGAGCACGUGACCUUAAGCGAUGCAGGCCAUUACAGCUGCACAGCCUCCAGCAGCCGUAUGAUGAAGAAAAACAGCAUUAACGUCAUUGUUCGUGAAAAACCUUUUAUCACUUUGGGUAGAAUGCCAACUUUGGUGGAGACAAGACUGAGUGAACCAGCUAAAAUUCCUGUGAUUUUCAAAGGGUAUCCAGCUCCAGAAGCAAAAUGGUAUAAAAAUGGAAAGCCCAUAGUUGCAAAUCGCACUAUUAAACUUGGUUACUCCUUGACAAUUACUGAAACAAGUGAAAGAGAUGCUGGGAAUUAUACUGUUGAGCUGACCAACCCCAUUAACAAGGAGCGGGAGAAGCACACAUUUCGUCUAGCUGUGAACGUUCCACCUCAAAUCGAAGAGAAUGCUCUUUUAGCUCCUGCGGAUUCUUAUAAAUAUGGCUCCACACAAAUCCUAACAUGUACAGUGUAUGCAGUUCCAGCAGUGGCCAAGAUUCAGUGGUACUGGCAGUUUGAGGAAGAGUGUACCUUCAGCCCACAGCACGCUGGACUAGGGAACAAUCCCUAUGCUUGUAAAAAAUGGAAAAACAUAAUGGACAGAAGAGGUGGAAAUCAGAUUGACCUCGUAAAAUCUCAGUUUGUUACUAUUGCUGGGAAAAUGAAGACCGUAAGCAGCCUCGUAAUUCAAGCAGCAAAUGUGUCCGCUUUGUACAGAUGUGUCGCUAGUAAUAAAGCUGGAGAAAGCGAGAGGGUCAUCUCCUUUCACAUUACAAGAGGCCUUGAAAUUAAUCUUCAGCCCAAAAGCCAGCCUACUGAGAAGCACAAUGUGUCCUUGCAGUGCACAGCAGACAAGCUCACUUUUGAAAACCUGACCUGGUUUAAGUUAAGCCCUCGUGCUUCCCUGACGCGCCUUGGCAGGUUGCCCAUGCCUGUUUGCAAGAACCUGGAUGCUCUUCAAAAACUGAAUGCCACGGUGGCCAGCACCAGUGGGGACAAGGUUGCUAUGGCACUCCUUCUCUUUAGCAUUUCUCUCCAAGAUAGUGGGGAUUAUGUGUGCAUAGCUCAGGACAAAAAGACCAAAACACGACACUGCCUUGUUAAACACCUCACUAUUCAAGAACCAGUGGCACCUACCAUUACAGAGAAUCUGGAGAAUAAGACAACAAAUAUUGGUGAAACGAUUGAGGUCUCUUGCAUAGCAAAUGGUAUUCCGUCUCCACUCAUCACAUGGUUUAAAAACAAUGAAUCCCUUGUUGAAGAUUCAGGUAUUGUUCUGAAAGAUGAGAACAGAACACUCACCAUACGGAGAGUGAGGAAGGAAGAUGAGGGCCUCUACACUUGUCGUGCCUGUAACGUCCUGGGUUGUACGAAAGCAGCAACCUUUUUCGAAGUGGAAGGCACGGAUGAGAAAACGAACCUCGAGCUCAUUAUUCUGGUUGGAACGGCAGUAAUUGCCAUGUUCUUCUGGCUGCUCCUCAUCAUCAUUCUCCGGACGGUUAAACGGGCCAGUGGAGGGGAACUAAAGACUGGCUACCUCUCUAUCAUCAUGGAUCCUGAUGAAGUCCCUAUGGAUGAGCAAUGUGAGCGUCUCCCUUAUGAUGCCAGCAAGUGGGAGUUUCCUAGGGACAGGCUAAAGCUAGGUAAGCCGCUUGGUCGGGGAGCAUUUGGCCAAGUCAUUGAAGCUGAUGCAUUUGGCAUUGACAAAGCUACUGGCUGCAGAACCGUUGCUGUCAAAAUGCUCAAAGAGGGUGCCACACAUAGUGAACACAGAGCACUGAUGUCUGAGCUCAAAAUCCUCAUUCAUAUUGGCCAUCAUCUCAAUGUGGUGAACUUACUUGGGGCCUGCACAAAGCCAGGAGGUCCACUCAUGGUGAUCGUAGAAUUCUGCAAGUUUGGAAAUCUGUCCGUUUAUUUAAGAAGCAAGCGAAGUGACUUCAUUCCGUACAAGGCCCACAAUGUCAGGGCUAGGCAUGGAAAUGGUGACAUCUCAGCAGACCUGAAGAAACGCCUGGACAGCAUUGCAAGUAGCCAAAGCUCAACAAGUUCAGGUUUUGGGGAGGAGCGAUCACUCAGUGAUGUGGAAGAGGGAGAAGCAAUGUCUGAAGAUCCUUGCAAAAACCCUCUAAGCCUGGAGGACCUCAUCUGCUAUAGCUUCCAGGUGGCCCGUGGGAUGGAAUUCCUGGCAUCUCGGAAAUGCAUCCAUCGUGAUUUAGCAGCUCGCAAUAUCCUCUUAUCAGAAAACAAUGUGGUCAAAAUUUGUGAUUUUGGAUUGGCCCGCGAUAUCUACAAAGAUCCAGAUUAUGUCAGAAAAGGAGAUGCUCGACUACCACUAAAAUGGAUGGCGCCAGAAACCAUUUUUGAUAGAGUAUACACAAUUCAAAGUGAUGUGUGGUCCUUUGGAGUACUGUUGUGGGAAAUAUUUUCAUUAGGGGCCUCGCCAUACCCUGGUGUAAAAAUUGAUGAAGAAUUCUGUAGGAGGCUGAAGGAAGGAACCAGGAUGAGGCCUCCAGACUAUACAACACCUGAAAUGUACCAGACCAUGUUGGACUGCUGGCAUGGGGACCCCAAACAAAGACCUACUUUCUCAGACUUGGUGGAACACCUUGGAAAUUUACUGGAAGCAAGUGUUUGUCAGGAUGGUAAGGACUAUAUUAUCCUUCCACAAACUGCACUGCUGAACGUUGAAGAGGAUUCUGGACUGUCCUUGCCAACUUCACCUGUUUCCUGCAUGGAAGAAAAGGAAGUCUCUGAUCCUCAGUUCCUUUAUGACAACUCUUCAGAAAUGAGCCAGCACCGCAAAGGAAGUAAAAGAAAAAGCCGUCCUGUGAGUGUUAAGACCUUUGACUCUGUACCAGUAGAAAUCCCAGCAAAAGUGGUUCAAGAAGAUAAUCAGACAGACAGUGGGAUGAUUCUAGCAUCUGAAGAGCUAAGGACUCUAGAAGAGAAACCUAAGCAACUGAUGUUGCCCUUUAGUGGUCUGGUUCCCAGUAAAAGUAACGAAUCCGUUAUGUCCGAAGCUUCCAAUCCAACAAGCGGCUACCAGUCAGGCUAUCACUCAGAUGACAUGGACACAACAGUUUACUCUGGUGAAGAGACAGAACUUUUAACUCUCAGGGAGGAUGCUUCUCAGACUUGCUGUGCAUUGCCAUACAGCCCUGGGGUACCUCUAAGUCCACCUCCUGUUUAAGAAAGCCUUCAGAAGAAGCAUUAACUGGAACUUUUGCAUAACAUUGCCUUUUUCUUAAACCAGUGAUAUUUGAUACCUGGAACAUCUACAUUCACAGGAAUAGGGAAAAGUAUGCGUUAUUCCACAUCUUCUUGGACAAGAUGACACAGAAUGCUAAAUGGAACAGAGGAUCCAAAGUCAUUGCUUGAGAGAGCUUAAACUAAGUCACCAAAUAGAGUUUACACCUGUGACUUUGUGGUUUCGUGACAAAGAGAGCAUUGCAGCCUUUGGGACAUCCUUGAAGGGUUAUGCUGACACCCCGUUGCUGUGCAAUUGUGUGAAGAUGGAAUAGUGUUUGGCUACAAUACUUUGGACUUUCAGACUUGUCAAUGAUGAAGUAUGAACAGGCCCUGGGCAUUAAUCUUCAGGAAUUCAACAAUACAGCCAGUAUUGUUUCCUGACCUGUAACAUUCUCUUAAACUUGUAUUUCUCCCAUUAAAAUAAAUCUUCAGUAUAAAUGUCACUAAUAGAUACUGGUGAACCAGGGGAAUAAUGGUGAAAUACAUAUGAGACUACUAGUCAAAAGAAGAGCUACUCUUUUUGAAAAAGGCUGUGCAGGCCUUUAUGAACUGAGGUUCUCCUUUCAAUGGAUGUUUCACACUGAAAUGACUCAAUAUGUACAGAAUUGGUGAAAUGAUCCAGGAGUUUUAACUGUAUGAUUUGGUGAUCAUCACUUUAUUUGAUCAACAGUGUAAGUUUGCCUUUGAGAUACAGAUCCAAGCUUCUUGCUAGGAAAAACAUGUCUCAAAUGUAGUUUCUAUGUAACCCAGCAAAUGUCAAUAAACUCAUAUGUAUUAAUGACAUUAAUUACUAGUUGCUCAGAUCUUCUGGCUGAUGUUGUUUAAUGUAGAAAUUGGUAGACCAUUUUCUGGUUCUUUCCCCUGCAGAGUUCUAAGAACUUAAACAAUGUAAAAAAAGGAAAAAAAAAAAAAAGGAAAAAACUCCUGUGCUAUUUGACUGAUGUUACUUUGUGGAUUUUUAUUCAUGAUUUUGAAUUUUGUAUAAUAUGUCAAGAGUUGGAAUCUCAUCAGUUAACAAGAAUGGCACAUAUAGUAUUUAUAGUUUGAGUAGAAAGAAAUAUAAUAUAUUAAAAUAAAUAUUAUAAAUAAUGACAAAGCAGUGGGCCUUUCUUCUUAGUAAACAUGACUCUUAAUUAGAAAUGACUUUAACCUCAGACUGAAAACUUUUGGAUGCAAUAAUUUUGCAUGUAAAUAUUUCUGUUUGUCACUUUGCCUAUAGUAGAUACAUUCUGUCUGCUGUGUCAUUUUUAUGCUUCCUUUUUGCAGAAAUCCUAUACAAUGGAUCAAUAAAUUAAAGUUGUGUUACUUUAUUUAUAUGUUCACAUUUUAUUGGGUGAUCCUUUCUCCUGCAAAACACAUUUUAGAAGUAGUGCAGAUCAGCAAAGGGAAAACCUCACACCUGGUUUGAAAGGAAGUUGGCUGUGCAUGUUUCUCUUUUUACAUGUAUUCUGUUUCAGGAACAAGUGGUAAUCUGUUGAUCUAUUUAGCACUCAUCUACCCUUCUUU